AUGUCGCAAGUAACGAAUCUGAUCUAUACAGCUCAACAACGUUUCUCGACGUGCAUUCAACUGACUCGAAAAUCGUUGGAAAUGGCUCUACCUGCACAGCAGCUUCGUAAUUCACCCACCCUCAAAAGCUUCUCUUUCAUAUCCGCCAGUCACAUCGAUCCGCCACAGAGCGUUGUACCCCGAACCAAGCUACCGGGUCGACAUCCCCCAGAUAGCUCUACUUCGUACGCUCUUUUUGGGCGCAUAAAACGGUGA